AGAGCAACACUUGAUCUCUCUGCAGACAACUCUUCACCAUAUCAGUAAUAACGUCCCUGCUACAUGGAAAGGGGGAAUUGUCAGGUUUUGCUAAUUUGAUAUCAAAAUGCCUGUAAAUCAGACCAGAUCCAGGAUGAGAGAUCAGAAUGACCCGAUCAACAGACUGGAGUUUAUUUCACUGAACCAGCCUCUCAGAAAUAGCAACGAGGCACGGGGGACAUUAAGACGGCCUGGUUCACUGAAACGCCAGCCAAGCCAACAGCAGCAGCAGCAACCUCAAAAUGUGCAGCAGGAGCCACUUGAAAAUAACACUGAGGACCGCAGAGAAUCUGUUAAACUUCCAGAAGAGGAUUGCAUACAACUCAACCCCUCCUUUAAGGCCAUUGCAAUGAACUCUCUUUUGGCGAUUGAUAUAUGCAUGUCCAAAAGGCUUGGGGUUUGUGCAUAUUCUCACUCAUCAUGGGGCAGUGUGCGCUCCAUGGUCAACCUGCUUGCAAUCACUGGUCAUGGCAUCCCUUGGAUUGUUGGCACAAUUAUAUGUCUCACCAGAAGCAACACAAUGGCAGGACAAGAAGUUCUGGUCAAUUUACUUCUUGCGCUUUUACUGGAUGUAAUGACCGUCGCCGGUAUGCAGAAACUCGUGAAGCGCAAAGGACCCUGGGAGAUGACACCUGGCCUCUUUGAUUACAUAGCGAUGGACAUUUACUCUUUCCCAGCAGCACAUGCAAGCCGGGCUGCCAUGGUAUCCAAGUUCCUUUUGUCACACUUAGUGCUCGCUGUCCCUCUGCGCAUCUUACUGGUGCUGUGGGCUUUCCUGGCCGGCGUGUCCCGCAUCCUUCUUGGCCGCCACCACCUGACAGAUGUGGGAUUUGGUUUUGCAUUGGGCUAUCUCCAUUUCAGUCUAGUUGAAAUGGUGUGGCUGCCCUCCAACACUUGCCAGACUUUAAUCUCCAUCGGGAAACUCAGUUGGAUCCCCUUCUAAUGACAAUAUCAGCAUUUUAGGCAACCCACAAAAGCUUGACAUCCUCCUAUCCCUCAGUCCCUAUUUUUGUUAAUUUCUUCUGUCACAACCACUCACUGGCCCUCAUGUAAUUUUAAAUAGAAGUCUAUGAAGACAUAAUGUAUGUUAAUCACAUUUACCCCUAAAUAAUAAGGUUAUUUUCAGCUUUGACUGAAUUUCUUUCUCCAGUGUAAAUGCAGUAUGCAAGGAAAUGAAUGCAUCCUUGUGACACAUUUCCGAUGCCUUUCUGACUAGGGUUUAUUUAUUACAUUUUGAUCCGCAAUUUUUAGUUUUGUCAACAUUUAUGACAAUUCAUUUUUCUUAUAAAAAAACAUGUUUUUAACACUCAUUCUCUGGACCUGAAAGUGUAUGUAUUUAAAAAUGGCAAGUAUCAGUAAAACAAUCAUAAGCUAUCGGGGAUUUUGUGAAAGACACAGUUUUACAUGACUCACUAUCAGAUAUUUUGUGUACAGUAUGCACGAGAAAAUACAGCUAAUUGCCAAAGUUAACACUUGAGUAAAUGAGGGACGCAAAGUAUAUUGUUAGCAGUUAAAAAGCAAUUAACAUCCCAUCAUGCUUAUGGUCAUGUAUGAAAUGCCCAGUUGCCCAUUACUUUGGCUACCAUGGGAAGAUGAAGAGAUCUCAGUUACUUUGAAAGAGGGGUCUCAAAAGAGCAUUAUCAGGCCCAAAAAUCGUUUUUUUCUCUCACUACUUUCAUUUCUCUGCAGUCCAUAUUUAGCCUUACAACUAAGUGUUUUACCAUUUUAUUUUAAGGACAUUUAGGGCUACAAGUAGAAUAAUUUGACAUGAACAGUUGCAUUCAUGAGUUGUAUUGACAAAUGUCCCAAAAAAAAUUUGUCUGCCAAACAAAAACAUGACAAAAUGUAUUUCUGAGAACGCUGUAUGUACAGAAAUUGUUUGCUCAGUGGGAAAUGAAUAUCCAACUAUUGUGUGGCUUGUGAGCAUCAUAUACAGUUGAAGUCAGAAGUUUACAUACACUUAGGUUGGAGUCAUUAAAACUUGUUUUUCAACCACUACACAAAUUUCUUGUUAACAAACUAUAGUUUUGGCAAGUCGGUUAAGACAUCUACUUUGUGCAUGACGCAAGUAAUUUUUCCAACAAUUGUUUACAGACAGAUUAUUUCACUUAUAAUUCACUGUAUCACAAUUCAAGUGGGUCAGAAGUUUACAUACACUAAGUUGACUGUGAAUUUAAACAGCUUGGAAAAUUCCAGAAAAUGAUGGCUUUAGAAGCUUCUGAUGGGCAAUUUACAUAAUUUGAGGGGUAGCCUAGUGGUUAGAGUGUGGGACUAGUAACCGGAAGGUUGCAAGUUCAAACCCCCGAGCUGACAAGGUACAAAUCUGUCGUUCUGCCCCUGAACAGGCAGAUUACCCACUAGGCCGUCAUUGAAAAUAAGAAUUUGUUCUUAACUGACUUGCCUAGUUAAAUAAAGGUAAAAUAAAAAAAACCUGUGGAUGUAUUUCAAGGCUUACCUUCAAACUCAGUGCCUCUUUACUUGACAAAAUCAGGAAAUCAGUAAAGACCUCCAUAAGAGCAAUUUCCAAAUGCCUGAAGGUACCACGUUCAUCUGUACAAACAAUAGUAUGCAAGUAUAAACACCAUGGGACCACGCAGCCAUCAUACCUCUCAGGAAGGAGAUUCGUUCUGUCUCCUAGAGAUGAAUGUACUUUGGUGCAAAUCAAAGGACAGCAAAGGACCUUGUGAAGAUGUUGGAGGAAACAGGUACAAAAGUAUCUAUAUCCACAGUAAAACGAGUCCUAUAUCGACAUAACCUGAAAGGCCGUUUAGCAAAGAAGAAGCCACUUCUCCCAAAACCUCCAUAAAAAAGACAGAUUACGGUUAGCAACUGCACACGGGGACAAAGAUCGUACUUUUUGGAGAAAUGUCCUCUGGUCUAAUGAAACAAAAAUAGAACUGUUUGGCCAUAAUGACCAUCGUUAUGUUUGGAGGUUAAAGGGUGAGGCUUGCAAGCCGAAGAACACCAUCCCAAACAUGAAGCACAGGGAUGGCAGCAUCAUGUUUUGGAGGUGCUUUGCUGCAGGAGGGACUGGUGCACUUCACAAAAUAGGUGGCAUCAUGAGGAGGAAAAAUUAUGUGGAUGUAUUGAAGCAAUAUCCCAAGACAUCAUUAAAGCUUGGUUGCAAAUUGGUCUUCCAAAUGGACAAUGACCCCAAGCAUACUUCCAAAGUUGUGGAAAAAUGCCUUAAGGACAAACAAAGUCAAGGUAUUGGAGUGGCCAUCAUAAAGCCCUGACCUCGAUCUUGUAGAAAAUAUGUUGGCAGAACUGAAAAAGAAUGUGCGAGCAAGGAGGCCUAAAAACUUGACUCAAUUACACCAGCUCUGUCAGGAAGAAUGGGCCCAAAUUCACCCAACUUAUUGUGGAAGGCUACCUGAAACGUUUGACCCAAGUGAAACAAUUUAAAGUCAAUGCUACCAAAUACUAAUUGAGUGUAUGUAAACUUCUGACCCACUGGGAAUGUGAUGAAAUAAAUAAAAGCAGAAAUAAAUCAUUAUCUCUACUAUUAUUCUGACAUUUCACAUUCUUAAAAUAAAGUGGUGAUCCUAACUGACCUAAAACAGGGAAUUUUUACUCAGAUUAAAUGUCAGGAAUUGUGAAAAACAGAUGCUGUUCUAAUUGCCUAAGAUACUAUUUUUACAUGAAUGGAAAUACAUGUUUCUACAUUUUCUUUACAAUAAUUUCAGCAGCAGACUUUAUAUUGUGUUUAAUUUGUGGGUUUUGCCUUAAAUAUUGUCAGUUUCAAAAUGUGUAAGCGGUAGCUUCCUUAUAUAUUCAGAACAAAAUAUUUCUAUGCAGUAAUUUUUUUCAUGCAACCACAAUGAAACUGCUGUUCUUUGUAAAACAGACUACAGUUACUGGUUAAAACAAAAGUUAAGAUUGAAAUUAGAUUUUUCACUAGAUAAACAUUUUGAAUAAGUAAGGUGUGGGACAGGGUUUCGUAAUAAUAAAGCAUUCAGUAAUUAAGCAUUCACUGAACAUAUUGAUUGGAAUUCAGAUGGAUGAAAUUCUACUGGGUUAGGUUUGGUUUAAUUCUAUUAGAAAGUGGGUAAUUUAUCUUUGAACAAUGAAAUGUUACCAACAAUCUUUUCAUGUACUUUCUGAUCUUGAAUAGUGUAUACAUGCCUGCGUCUAUGUAUUGGCAUAUCCAUUAAACAUAAAUUAUAU